AUACAAGUAUGUUUGCAUCCCUGACUUUGAAUGAUGGGAUCGAGCGCUUUUUACAAAUUUUAAGUUGCAUUUGAAUUCAACAAGUAUAAAAGAAUUCCAUCCCCUCUCUCGCAUUUUUCUCUCCCCCCUUGUUUCUUUUUUAUUAAAAAAAAAAGAUGGUUUCGUUGCACUCGUUAAUCACAACCAGUGUGGGAUUAUUAGCGGCCAUUUGUAAAUCGGAAGCCUCACCCGUAGAGAAUCGAGAGGGUACAGCAUACAAUUAUUGGAGUCACAAGGCAUGGGGAGUGAAUCUUGGUAACUGGUUAGUACUUGAACGAUGGAUGGAUGCUUCAAUUUUUGAGAAACAUGCACCCAAGGCACAAGACGAAUGGAACUUUUGUAAGGAUGCCAGUAACCCUACACAAGCGUUAAAGGAGCAUUGGAACAGCUGGGUAACAGAGGAAGAUUUCAAACAAUUGGCUGCGAUCAAGGCUAAUCAUGUGCGUAUCCCUGUGGGGUAUUGGGCUUUUAUUCAGACAGAUGCGGGGGAACCGUAUGUGACGACAGGACAAAAGGCACAAAUUGAACGUAUCCUCGGUUACUGUCACAAGUACGGUAUGUAUGCGGUGAUUGAUUUACAUGGAUUACCGGGCAGUCAAAACGGAGAAGCGCAUUCGGGACAUAUCACCAAGAUUGGGUUUUAUUCAAGUCAUAAUAUUAAGCGGUCGUUGAAGACGGUACAGGCGGUGGUGGAUUGGAUGAAUGAUUUAAAGCCUGAAUUAAAGCAUCGGAUUGCAUCGAUUCAGUCGGCUAAUGAGCCUAGAGCCAAUGGUAGUGAGCUCAAGGUAUUAAAGGAUUAUUAUCUCAAGGCGUACAAGAUUAUUGCCAGCUCAAAAUACAAGGUACCAAUGAUGUUUCAUGAUGGUUUCCAAGGACUGGAUGCGUGGAAAGGGUUUUUACCAGCACCUGCCAAUGCGGUGAUCGAUCUCCAUCCUUACUAUGCUUUCCCACCGGAAAAGGAUCAGAAUGCAAUCAUUCGAGGCAUUAAUAAUACAAGAGCAGCGGCAGCGUCUUUUCAUUUACCCGUGUUCUUUGGGGAGUGGUCGCUUGCGUCAGGAGUGAAUAGUACGGAGCCGUGGUUAAAGACAAUGAUGGAUACGCAGGUGGCUGUCUAUAAAGAAAGUGGAGCGGGUGGUACAUUUUGGUCGCUCAAGAACAAGAUUAAUUCUAAUGUAUGGUCUUUACAGCAAUUACAAAAGGAAGGCAUUGUGAAUAAUGUUACAUUUUCUUCUCAUUCCCAUGCCAAACGUUUAUAA